AUGAGUUGUCUUGUUCGCUAUUAUAAGAUGAGUAACAUUACUUCCCAACCUGCCACCUCCUAUGGUGUUCAGAACAAACCCAGAAGAGUACUCCCAUAUUUCAUCCAAAGUGUUAAUCUAAAGUACGUGAAAUUAGGCUAUCACUACUUAAUAACUCACCUUUUGACUCUCUGUCUUGUCCCCCUCGUAGCUAUCACUCUCAUCCAAGCUUCACAAAUGAACUACAGCGACAUUAACAAUCUCUAUCUCCGUCUUAAGUACAACCUUUUUAGCAUCAUCAUCUUCUCAACCGUACUGGUUCUGGGAUCCACAAUCUACAUCAUGACUCGACCCAGAUCCGUUUACCUAGUCGAUUACGCCUGUUAUCGCCCGCCGGACCACCUCCAAGUCAAGUUCGACCGGUUCAUGGAACACUCGAGACUCACUGGUGACUUCGACGAGUCUUCACUUGAGUUCCAGCGCAAGAUCCUUGAACGCGCCGGCCUCGGAGAAGAGACCUAUGUCCCUGAAGCGAUGCACCACAUUCCUCCGACGCCAUCAAUGGAGGCUGCUCGGAGAGAGGCAGAGGAGGUCAUGUUUGGUGCCUUGGAUAACUUGUUCAAGAUCACUAAAAUCAAGCCCAAAGACAUUGGCAUUCUUGUGGUUAACUGCAGUUUAUUCAAUCCAACUCCUUCGCUUUCAGCCAUGAUUGUGAACAAAUACAAGCUGAGACGAAACAUUCGGAGCUUCAAUUUGGGGGGUAUGGGAUGUAGUGCUGGAGUGAUUGCCUUAGAUUUAGCUAGAGAUAUGUUGCAAGUUCAUAGGAAUUCAUAUGCUGUUGUUGUCAGCACUGAGAACAUCACUCAAAAUUGGUAUUUUGGGAACAAGAAAUCGAUGUUGAUACCCAAUUGCCUGUUCCGAGUUGGUGGGGCUGCGGUUUUGCUGUCAAACAUUUUGUCAGACAGGUGGAGGGCAAAGUACAAACUUGUUCAUAUUGUGAGAACCCAUAAAGGAGCUGAUGAUAAGGCCUUCCAGUGCGUGUAUCAGGAGCAAGAUGACAAUGGAAAAACCGGAGUUUCUCUCUCCAAGGAUCUUAUGGCGAUCGCCGGUGGUGCUCUGAGGACUAAUAUCACAACAAUGGGUCCUCUAGUUCUUCCAAUCAGUGAACAACUCCUUUUCUUUGCCACCCUUGUUACAAGAAAACUGUUUGAUUCGAAAAUCAAGCCUUAUAUCCCAGAUUUCAAGCUAGCUUUUGAUCAUUUCUGCAUCCACGCCGGUGGGAGAGCUGUGAUUGAUGAACUGGAGAAGAAUUUGCAGCUCCUCCCACUUCACGUCGAGGCUUCACGGAUGACUCUGCAUCGAUUUGGGAACACAAGCUCGAGCUCAAUUUGGUAUGAAUUGGCCUACACGGAGGCGAAAGGGAGAAUGAGAAAGGGUAACCGAGUAUGGCAGAUUGCUUUCGGAAGUGGGUUCAAGUGUAACAGUGCAGUGUGGAAAGCUUUGAGGAAUGUGAAGCCAUCUGCUAAUAGUCCUUGGGAAGAUUGCAUUCACAAGUACCCUGUUCAGAUAGCAGCUUGA